UCCAUUCACCACCACCACCACCACCACCACCGCCGUAUACUUUUUUUUCCGACCAGAUCUAAACUAACCCUCACUUAACUAUUCCGUUAAAGUUUAGUCAACAUGGACUCGCCGGAGCAUCAACGCCGUAAACGGAAACGGUUUUCAAAACCAAGUAAUCAUUUUCCGCAAUGUAUUUACAAGACUAAUGUUUCGGACCCGGGUCAUGACUCGGAUCCGAACCGGGUCCAGAACCCGGGUGUGGUUGAGGGAAUGGACGUGUUGUCAGUGGAGGAAUAUGGUGAAAAUAGGUUGCUGGUUAGGUGUCCGUUGCCUCGGGUUAAUGUGUCGUCGUUAAUCGGGCUGUCACGACCUGGUCUCGGGCCUGGUUUGAUGAGUGUGGAGGGUAAAUUGAUGAAUACGUGGGAUAAUUUGGCUUACGAGGCGGUUUUGGAUAGGGAAACGAAUACGGUUCUUGUGUUUGUGAAAGGGAUUAGUCAUAGGCAGGAUAAAGAAUCCGACCCGAAUCAGUUUACUUGUCUUUUCGGGCCGGGUGAUUGGGAGGGUGGAAAUAGGAAGUAUGUGUUGAGUUCUAGAGCUGUGACUGCAGCUCAAGAAGUGGUUAGGUGUGUGUUGCCAAGGAGUAUGGUGAUGAAUCCUGGAUUGGCCCGUGGGGUUCGGGCUGGUGUGAGUUUUAGAAUGCCUAGGUAUCGUGGGCGGGUUAAUAGGGUUGUUGUUCCGUCUGUAGCUAAGAUAUCUAGUUUGGGAUUAAGUGGGGAUGGUGAAAAACACGAGCUUUGUGUCUGCACGAUGUUGUGGAACCAAGCCCAUUCGAUAAGAGAGUGGAUAACUUACCAUUCAUGGUUGGGUGUCGAGAAAUGGUUCAUUUAUGAUAACAAUAGUGAUGAUGAGAUUCAAGAUGUGAUAAAGGAUCUUGAUUUCGAAGGGUAUAAUGUUAGUAGACAUGUUUGGCCAUGGAUCAAGACUCAAGAGGCCGGGUUCUCACAUUGUGCUAUGCGGGCUAGAAGUGAAUGCAAUUGGGUUUCGUUCAUGGAUGUUGACGAGUUUUAUUACUUCCCGUAUAAUGCUGUUUCUGGAUUUUCGGGUCAGGGUUCAUUACGUACGCUGGUUUCAAAUUUCACCUCAUCGUCAUCAAUUGGAGAGAUCAGAACGUCUUGUCAUAGUUUUGGGCCUUCUGGUUUAACUUCACCGCCUAUAAGAGGAGUCACAGUUGGGUACACUUGCAGGUUACAAAGCCCGGAAAGGCACAAGUCGAUCAUUAGACCGGAUGCACUUGACACGACUCUAAUGAAUGUGGUGCACCAUUUUCAUUUGCAGAAAGGGUUCACAUACACGGAUUUGCCUCAAAGUACUGCAGUGAUUAAUCAUUACAAGUAUCAAGUGUGGGAAGUUUUUAGGGCAAAGUUUUACAGACGAGUGGCUACUUAUGUUGCUGAUUGGACGGAUAGUCAGAACGAAGGGUCAAGAGACAGAGCACCUGGAUUGGGGACGGAGCCCAUCGAACCACCUGAUUGGAGACUGCAGUUUUGUGAGGUAUGGGAUACUGGUUUAAGGGACUUUAUUUUGACUAAUUUGGCUGAUGUUUCUACUGGGAUUUUGCCAUGGGAUAGAUCUAUGUGACAUGAUAUGGGGUAUAUUGAUAUUGAUGAUGUUGAUAGAUAGAUUGAUUGAUUCUUUGAAACAAGCUAACUAUGAUUUAAGCGAAAAGUGUGAGACUUUUUGACACAUUGUAGUUAGUUUUCCAUGUUAAAACGAUAGACAUUGUUCUUGUAAGUACCAAAAAGUUACAAAAUAUACGCUGUUUUGGAUGAAAUACACAAAUGCCCUUUUGAGCUAGAUCGUUUGUUCUUUAAAAAGAUGGUGGUGUUAUUUUUGCUUUUUCGUAAGAACACCAGUUUAAGAGAAACCAAGUAUAACUACUCUUUGAGAACAUGGCUUGAAGAGAUGUUCAUUGCGACGGAAAUAGACAGAAAUACAGUGAUGUGAUUUCUUGCACAUAAGUCUUUCUUUAAAACAUUCAUUCCCUGUUGGGGGAAAUUGGUUUUGUUAUUGGAAAAGGGUAUAUGAAUAGAUUAGAUGUUUGUUUGUAAUUUGGUAACAGAUGUAAUAUAGUGUUUUUGUUUUCUUUUGUAUUAUUGGAGAAUAUGUUUGUAUAUUGACUAUUGAUUGGUUUUAUCCA